UAAAAUAAAAUGUUAAAGGGUCAAGAUUUUGGUGUAGAUAUCAAAAAUGAAAAUAUAAGCAAUAUAAGGCCUCAUCAAAAUAAUAUAACCAACAAAAUUUGCCCACACACCAAUCCUAAUUUAAAUAUACUUGAGAAUAGUAAAUCUCCAUCAAAUUUGAAACAUUUAUUUGAAUUAGAUGGGUACUUAAAAUCUUAUGAAAAAGAGAUAUGUAGGAGAUAUGAAGUCUUUAGUAAUACACUAUCAAAAAUUGAUCAGGUUGAGGGUUCAUUGGAUAAAUUUUCAAGAGGUUAUCAAGAAUAUGGCAUUCAAGUGACACCUGAGAAUGGUAUCAGAUGUCUGGAAUGGGCACCUGGGGCUAAGGCUUUAUAUUUAAGAGGAGAUUUUAACAAUUGGAAAAAAAAUGAAUUCCCAUUCGAAAAGCUUCCUUUUGGAAAAUGGGAAUUAUACAUACCUCCAUUGGCAGAUGGAACUUUACCAAUUAAACAUAAAUCAGCUUUAAAAUUGGUUGUAGAAGAUCACCAUGGUCAUAUGCUAGAUAGACUCAGUCCUUGGGCCACUUACGUUAAACCGCCUUCUAAUUCAAUCGUAUUCGAACAAGUCUUCUGGAAUCCGCCUGAAAAUCAACGAUACGUUUUCAAGCACAAAAAUCCUGGCAAACCCGACCGAUUGCGGAUUUACGAGGCUCACGUUGGAAUAGCAUCCUGGAAAGGCGAGGUGGCGACAUAUCGCCAUUUUGCUGAACACAUGAUACCUCAUAUAGUGAAUACGGGUUACAAUGCUAUACAACUCAUGGCUGUAAUGGAGCACGCGUUUUACGCUAGCUUUGGAUACCAAGUCACUAGCUUUUUCGCAGUGUCUAGUCGUUUCGGCCCACCCGAAGACCUGAAACUUUUGGUGGAUACGGCCCACUCCAAGGGAUUGGUAGUCCUUCUCGACGUGGUGCACAGUCACGCUUGCAAGAACACGGUCGACGGCCUGAACGAGUUCGACGGCACCGACGCUUGCUACUUCCAUUCUGGGCCAAGGGGCACCCAUCCCUUAUGGGAUAGCCGGCUCUUCGAUUAUACUCAAUGGGAAGUUCUCAGGUUUUUACUCUCAAACCUUCGCUGGUACAUGUCCGAAUAUCGUUUCGAUGGCUUCAGAUUCGACGGAGCGACAUCCAUGCUUUAUCACUCCAGAGGCUUAGGACAAUCAUUUACUCAUUACGACGAUUAUUUUGGAUUAGGGGUUGACACCGAUUCUCUUAAUUAUCUAGCGUUGGCUAACCAUAUGCUCCAUACCAUAUACCCCUAUACCAUUACUAUUGCGGAGGAAGUUUCGGGGAUGCCAACUUUGUGUAGGCCUAUCGACGAAGGGGGAAUAGGAUUCGAUUAUAGAUUGGCCAUGGCUAUUCCCGAUAUGUGGAUUAAGAUUCUUAAGGAAAAAAAAGACGAAGACUGGAACAUGAACAACAUAGUAGGCGUUUUGACGAACAGACGUUGGCGCGAAAAAAACAUAGCAUACGCUGAAAGCCACGAUCAAGCUUUGGUUGGUGAUAAGACCAUAGCCUUUUGGUUGAUGGAUAAAGAAAUGUACGAUUUUAUGUCUCUAAAGGGUCCUAUAACACCAAUUAUUGAUAGGGGCAUUGCUUUGCACAAGAUGAUAAGAAUGAUCACCAACGCGUUGGGCGGUGAAGGCUACCUUAAUUUCAUUGGUAACGAAUUUGGUCACCCAGAAUGGUUAGAUUUUCCCAGAGCUGGCAAUAACAACAGUUAUCAUUAUGCCAGGCGACAAUUUAAUCUUCUAGACGACAAAAAUUUGAGAUACAAAUUUCUCUACGCGUUUGAUAAGGGGAUGAAUGAUCUGGAGAAAAAAUACGCCUGGCUUUCAUCGCCGCAAGCUUACGUGAGUACCAAACACGAAGAUGAUAAGGUGAUAGUGUUCGAAAGGGCCGGUCUCGAGUUCGUUUUCAAUUUUAAUCCUACCAAAAGCUUUCCCGAUUACAGAAUAGGGAUAGAAGUUGCCGGAAAGUACAAAAUAGUCUUAAACUCGGAUGACGAAUCAUACGGUGGCCACAGUCGCGUUGAUAAUUCUAUCGAAUUUUUCACCUAUCCCGAACCUUGGAAUAAUAGGCAAAACUCUAUGAUGAUUUACAUACCUUGCCGAGUUUGUCUUGUUUUUGCCAAAACGGAUUAGAAAACCGAAACACCACUCAGAAUAUCCACUAAAGACUCGCUGAAAACCAUAGAUUUAUUUUAUAAGAUAUACAUAUAUAUAAAUUUUAAACUAUAGUUUAAGCUUUCAAAAUUUGAAUAAUGUUUAAAGGAUGAAUACUGUAAUUGUAAUCUCACCAAAAAUUGUGAUGUAUGAAAACUGUUUUUUGUUGUUGUACAAAUAUAAAAUACCUUUUUUUAAAAUAUUUCU